AUGGCUUCAAGAACUGUAGCUUGCAUUGCCUUCCUGCUCUCCCUCAACCUCCUCUUCUUCAGUAUGGUGAGCGCUGCGACUUGCCCUGUGGAUGCCCUAAAGUUCAAAGUAUGUGCCAAUGUGUUGGGGCUAAUUAAAAUCCCACCAGAUGCACCUUGCUGCAGCCUCAUUAGUAAUCUUUUUGAUCUUGAAGCUGCUCUUUGCCUUUGCACUGCCAUCAGAGCUAAUGUCUUGGGCAUCAACCUCAACGUUCCUGUCGAUUUGAGCUUGUUUCUCAACAAUUGCGGCAAGAAAGUCCCUGAAGGAUUCAAGUGUCCAUAA